AGGGCGGGGCUCUCAGCAGGUGGAAGGCUCUGAAAGCACACAACAGGUCAGUGACAGAGGAGACGGAGACGCUCCUCACAACACUGCAGGACCGAGUCCAACAGAUACACAAGAGUCGACACAAACUGACUGAGCUGACCAGGCAGCUGCACAGCAGGGCUCAGCAGCAGGAGGAGCUCCAGGCCGUGCUGCUCAACACCCAGAAUGCACUGCGCUCAUGUGAUUGGCAGCUGAAGCAGCUGAAGGCGGAGUCAGAGGCGGAGCUCAGUCAGCUGAUCGUGUGGCAGCGGCUCAGAGACCAGCUGCAGGCGUACGCUGCCGCCACGCAGGACGUCAUGCAGAUCCACCUGCUCGCCGUCAGCCAAUCAGAGCUGCGCGUGGAGCUCAGGCCACKCCCCUGCUCCACCCUGUCCACCAAUGAGCUGGAACCACUGAGGCUUCUGGUGAGCUGGAGCAGCGAUGACUGCUUCAGGCUGCAGGUGGAGGAGGGGCCGGUGGGUGUGGUGGAGGGCAGCGUGUCUGGUCAGUGGGCGGAGCUUAGUCCCGCCCUGCUGAGGAUCCUACAGUGCUUCAUGGGUCAGGCUGAGCUCCUGUCUGAGAUCCAGAACCUGAGAACCAGCUUUGCCAUCGACUGGUGUCCCGCCCAGCGCCUGCUGGUCUACCUGAAGUCUGCCUCCCUGGUCUGCCACCUGCAGGUGGAGGAGGGCUACCCAGGCAGCGGGAGGACUCUGCUCCGGUCCGUCCGCAGAGACGGACAGCCUGUGGACACGUCAGGACUGAAGCCUCAUAAAGCUGACCUCAGUCUGACUGAGUGGCUGGUUUUUCUCUGCAGCAGCUCACUCAUCUGAAGAGACUGUUCUCCUCUUCCUCCUUCACUCGUCCAUCUCUCUCUCUCUCUCU